UUGAUGUUAUGAACGGCACGUGUUGGUGUUGAGACUGAGAAACAGACGCUCGUUAUAUUCAUUGGCUAUACAGGGAAAAUAUGCGGGUCACAGAUUUUAGGGUCAUCUGAUGUCUUUGCUGCUGUGAUAUGAUGAAAGAUGGGGAAAGACAAAAGAAGAGACAGUGGUGCCAGUGUAACCAUUCCAUUCAAAACCAAAGAAAGUUUAAAGAAGGAUAACAAAAAGUUAUCCCGAGAACUACGUGAAUUACAGCGCCGUUUCCAGGAGAUCACCAAUGUUAUUCACCACCUGGAGCUAGACUAUGAAUCGUCCAAGGACAGUCCACCACCAAUGAGGUAUAACAUGCUGAAGGAGAUGAUCAAGAGAACAACAACUGACGAAAUCUUGGAGAAAUCCCGUCCGCCAUCACCCAAGGAUGUCAAAGCUGCAGCCAAGCGGGCAGGGUCAGACGAUUUAGUAGUUACACCAAGACACUUUGCAGGGUCUGUCGGAUCUAAUGACUCUCACAUGUCACGUGAUUCUCCAUCUCAUACAAGGCAGUCAAGCAGAGGAGCGCUUGAAGGUACCACAAGUGGCUUGCUGGCAUCAUGUAAGGGGUUUGCAGGGUUGUCUGAUCACACAGCGGGCGUCACAGAAAACAAAAUAGCGCCGCGUGAAAUGCGAAUGUCUAAGAAAGAGGUGGCGACCGACAAUGACCAGAUAAACAAGGAAAUCGUGGGAUUUGAGAGUCGUUUUCUUAGAGCUCACAAUAGACUCACAAAGCUACGACAAGAUUACGAAAACUCCAAAGAAAUGAUGUUUCCGAGGAGAUAUGCAGCCAUGAAAAACAUGAUCAAAGUUGUGAUUCAGGACAAGAAAUUGACAUCCUGAUGGCCAUCAGUGGUUAGUGUUGUGAUGACAUCCUGAUGGCCAUCAGUGGUUAGUGUUGUGAUGACAUCCUGAUGGUCAUCAGUGGUUAGUGUUGUGAUGACAUCCUGAUGGCCAUCAGUGGUUAGUGUUGUGAUGACAUCCUGAUGGCCAUCAGUAGUUUCUGGAACUUGGCCCUGCAACUGCUUGGA